CCGGUGAAAAACCAUUCAAAUGCUCGCAUUGCACUCGCUCUUUUUCUCAGAAAUGUAAUCUGGUAUCUCACAUGUCGGUGCACACCGGUAAAAAACCAUUCAAAUGCUCGCAUUGCACACGCUCUUUUACUCAGAAAAGAAAUUUGGCAUGUCAUGUGUUUAUGCACACCGGUGAAAAACCAUUCAAAUGCGAGCAUUGCACACGCUCUUACACUCGGAGAAGUACUCUGGCAACUCAUUUGUUGGUGCACACCAGUGAAAAACCAUUCAAAUGCAAGCAUUGCACACGCUCAUUCACUUGGAAAAGUGAUUUGACGCGUCACAUGUUGGUGCACACCGGCAGGGAUGAACCAUUCAAAUGAGAGCGUUGCACACGCUCAUUCACCCCCAAAAGUGAUCUGACGCGUCACAUGUUCGAGCACACCGGUGAAAUACCAUGCAAGUGCGAGCAUUGCACACGCUCUUUUACUCACAAAAGUAAUCUGAGGCGUCACAUGUUGGUGCUUACCGGUGAAAAACCCUCAAAUGCGAGCAUUGCGUUCGCUUUUUCUCGCGGAAAGGUCACGUGAA